GCAGCUUUCCAUUAACUGCUGCUCCUAUCAACAUGUUUUCUGCAGAUAUUGUAGAAGAGAUCACUGAGGAACAGAAUCCUGAUGUGGAUCAACAGGAGCUGGAGCUUCGCUGCAUAAAGGAGGAAAGUGAAAGAGUCUGGGUCAGCCAGAAAGGAGAGCAAAUACAUUUGAAGGAGGAGACUGAAGAUACCAGGUUUCCAUUAACUGUUGUUCAUAUGAAGAGUGAAGAGGGUAAAGAGAAACCUCUAUUGUCUUACAAGUCAGACUUAAAUAGACACAUGAGAACCCACAAAGUAGAGAAACCUUUUGGCUGUGAUGCUUGUGGAAAAAGAUUUUCUGAUAAAUCACAUCUAAACAGACACAUGAGACUCCACAAAGGAGAGAAACCCUUUUGUUGUGACCUUUGUGGAAAAAUGCUUUCCCAACAAUCACAUUUAAAAGAACACAUGAGAAUACACACAGGAGAGAAACCCUUUGGUUGUGAUGCAUGCGGGAAAAGAUUUUCCUUUAAGUCAGUCUUAAACAAACACAUAAAAAUCCACUUGAGAAACCAGGCAAGGGAGAAACCGUUCAGUUGUGAUGAAUGUGAUAAAAGGUGUUUCUCAAAAUCAGAUUUAAAGAGACAUAUGAUGAUCCACACAGGAGAGAAACCCUUCUGUUGUGAUGUCUGUGGUAAAGGAUUUUCCUUAAAAUCACAUUUAAAAACACACAUGAGCGUCCACACUGGGGAGAGACCUUAUGGUUGUGAUGCUUGCGGUAAAAGAUUUUCCGCAAAGUCCAGUUUAAAUAAGCACAUGAGCAUCCACAAAGGAGAUAAACCAUUUGGAUGUGAUGAUUGUGGAAAAAGAUUUUCUGCUAAAUCACAUUUAAACGAACACAUGAGACUCCACACAGGAGAGAAACCCUUUUGUUGUGACCUUUGUGGAAAAAUGCUUUCCCAACAAUCACAUUUAAAAGAACACAUGAGAAUACACACAGGAGAGAAACCCUUUGGUUGUGAUGCAUGUGGGAAAAGAUUUUCCUUUAAGUCAGUCUUAAACAAACACAUAAGAAUCCACUUGGGAAAUCAGGCAAGUGGGAAACUGUUCAGUUGUGAUGCAUGUGAUAAAAGGUGUUUCUCAAAAUCAGAUUUAAAGAGACAUGUGAUGAUCCACACAGGAGAGAAACCCUUCUGUUGUGAUGUCUGUGGUAAAAGAUUUUCCUUAACAUCACAUUUAAAAACACACAUGAGCGUCCACACUGGGGAAAGACCUUUUGGUUGUGAUGCUUGCGGGAAAAGAUUAUCAUCAAAGGCCUGUCUAAAAAAGCACAUGAGCAUCCACAACGGAGAUAAACCAUUUGGUUGUGAUGAUUGUGGAAAAACAUAUACGUCAAAGUCAAACUUAACCAAGCACAUGAAAAUCCACUCAGGGGAGAAACCUUUUGGUUGUGAUGUAUGUGGUAAAAGAUGUUCCUCAAAGUCAGAUUUAAACAGACACAUGAACACCCACAAGGUAAAUAAAUCUUUUAGUUGUAAUACUUUUUCAGAGCUUCCCCUACGGUCUUAAAAGCUCUCAAGUAGUAUAAAGUAUAAAGCUCUCAAGCUCUCAAGUAGUAUAAAGCUUGUUACUCCACAUUACUCCAGACUUUUUGAAUUGAGAAAGAUUCCUGGAGAGGAAGCGAAGCGUCUUCAACCACGAAAAACAAGUCCAGUU